ACCUGCCAGGGGUGCGUCGUAAGACUGCAUGGGUUUCUUUUCAGUAGUGCAACAAGUUUGCAGAGGACUACUACAGUAUAAGCCGUGAAAUCAGUCACAGCUCACACACAGUCUCUCAGUGAAUGAGCGCGCACCGGGCCGUGGUGAGGACGUGCGCACCGCUAUUUCCGACGUCGCUUUAAAAUAUUCUUGAGACAAGUCGAAAUAGUAGGAUACACAGUGACAGAAGCUCUGUCAUUCUCCUCCCGUCGCUGCUGGUGAUUGCAGAAAGUCAUGAGGGUUUCAGAGGCAAAUAAGGAGCCCCAGAGCCCGGCUAAAAUGGAGAGUGACACCGGCUCUGGCAAGCGGCGGCACUGCCUCAGAGCGAUCGUGGAUGCGAUACCGUUUGUGUUUUCUCUUGUGUCCUUCGCGUUUUGCUUUUUAUUGAGUGUUCAGACCAGUGAAAUUAAGGAUAGAAUCGUGGAUCUAGAGAGUGGAAGUGGCGCGCGCCUCUUUAGCCCGCUUCAUGGGCUUUCCAUGGACCAGUUUAAUUCAAUGGUACAGGAGAGAGUGGAUGAGUUGCUGUCACAGCGUUCGUAUGAAAACUUGGCUAGAAUAAGGACUGCCCGUCAAGCCUCACCUGAAUGCAACUGUCCACCAGGUCCUCCGGGAAAAAGGGGAAGAAGAGGACGCAAUGGAGACCCUGGACCUCCUGGUCCACCUGGUCUGAAAGGUGACAAGGGCGAUCAAGGUGACCAGGGACCGCGGAUGGUCUUCCCUAAGAUCAAUCAUGGCUUUCUUUCUGCCGAUCAGCAACUCAUUAAACGUCGACUCAUUAAGGGUGAUCAGGGUCAAGCGGGGCCCUCAGGACCUCCUGGGCCUCCUGGUCCUCCUGGCCCGAGGGGACCCCCAGGGGACACAGGCAAAGAUGGUCCUCGGGGAGUCCCAGGGCUCCAAGGAGACCCUGGAAGCCCAGGGGAGAUCGGUCAAAUGGGACCUGAGGGCCCUCCAGGAGCAAAGGGUUCCAUUGGGUCACCUGGUACUCCAGGUAUUGAUGGAAUAAAGGGUGAAAGAGGUGAACGGGGUGAAAAGGGAGACAUGGGAGAGGAGGGGCCGAAAGGUGACCCUGGAGAGAAGGGUGAUGCAGGGUCUUCCGCUGCUGGCAUCAAGGGUGAGCCAGGCGAGCCAGGACGUGGCGGACAAAAGGGAGAGCCAGGACUUCCAGGGCUGCCUGGACUUCCCGGGAUUAAGGGUGAACCUGGUUUCUUUGGGCCUCAAGGUGAGCCUGGGCUACCAGGCCUGCCAGGAACUAAGGGUGAGAGAGGAGAACCAGGGCCUCCGGGCAAGGGUGAAAGUGGAGAAACAGGUCCGGCAGGGCAGAAGGGAGAGCCAGGGGAAUCGGGAACGCCAGGCUCUAAAGGUUCAAAGGGGGAUACAGGAGACAAAGGAGAUGUUGGCCCAACAGGACCACAAGGUCCAUCUGGGGAGAAAGGUGACCGGGGUACAACUGAAAUCAUAGACUACAAUGGAAACAUCCAGGAGGCUCUUCAGAAGAUAACUACUAUUACAGUUACGGGUCCCCCUGGGCCUCCUGGGCCAGUUGGACCAAAGGGAAUCAAGGGUGACCAGGGUGUACCUGGACUUCCUGGACUGGAUGGAGAAAGGGGUCACAAAGGGUCAAAAGGGGACAUGGGAAUCCCUGGAAUAUCAGGAGACAAGGGAGCGAAGGGUCUCCCUGGUUUACCGGGUGUGAAUGGCCUUAAAGGAGACAAAGGAGACGCCGGCCUGCAUGGCCCUCAGGGACCCUUGAUAAUCGGGCCGCCUGGUGCACCUGGGCCACAUGGACCACCUGGCCCCAUGGGUCCUCAUGGAUUCCCUGGACCAAAGGGGGAACCAGGUUUGCAUGGUCUCAAGGGAGCGCGUGGGGAGCCCGGGCAUAAGGGUGACAGAGGACCCCUGGGUCUCCCUGGAAUGGAUGGACCAAUUGGCGCUCCUGGUCCUGCAGGUCCAAAGGGAGAUAUAGGUGAGAAAGGUGAUGUUGGUGAUCCUGGACCCAGAGGACCAUAUGGAUUACCUGGAGCUGCUGGAACUCCUGGAAUGGAUGGGUUACCGGGCUUAAAGGGAGACAAGGGAGAAGAGGGGGAAAGAGGAGAAAAGGGUUUCCGGGGCUUUAAGGGUGAAAAGGGCGAGCCAGGUCAGCCUGGCCUGGAUGGGCUGGAUGCCCCGUGCCAAUUGGGUCCAGAUGGACUUCCGAUGCCAGGCUGUUGGCAGAAGGGUGUCACGCCUUGGCUGGUGGCUUGAGAAAGUGAUUCUUGGGAAAAGUGACAUUGCUGGUUUUCUUUAUUUUAAAGAGGUCAGUGUGUGAUCUGGCUCUCAGGGCCCUGCCCUUUAGUAAGAGUGACAACAUACAGACUCACAUUAUCGGAAGGACAGAAAAUGGAUCCAUUGUACUGUCUACGGCCACUCCUGAGUACGCUAGGCAAUUGAGAGUUUUUACAGAUGUGUGAAACUCAGAAAUCCUUCAGGUGGGAAGGUGUAAGUGAUGUGGAGGAAUUUGCUAUGUUCAUCCCUCCACCAGCAAAGCCAUCUUUGUUAACUCUUCAGUGUGGUUCUUUUUGUAGCAUUGUCUUUUUGUAGAGAAUGUCAUUCUGCUUAACGACUCCUUUUGUGAUCCGUGAACAAUCCCUCUAAGAUGUGUGUUAAUAUUUUGAUUUGCUCUUUAUGUGUAUUACAGCCUUUGAUGCCUGAAUUAAUUUGUUAUUCAUUCCUUUGUUGGAAACAGUUACAUCCUUUCUAUGAUUUGAGUUGUAAAUAUGGCAUUUCAGUGUGUUCUUUUCAGUUUUGCAGCUACGAAAGGCUCAUCAGUGCUGUUUAUGAAUUGUAGGAGCUUAACUGUCAAAAGUGUUAAAUAUGUUACAUUCUAAACAGCUUCAGUAGGACUUGGGAGUGUCAAAGGGACUGUGAGAAUGUUUUGCCCUUCAAUCAAUGUAAGUCAGUAUAAUUAAUUACAAUGUUAAUGAAUGAACAAGGUGCAAACAUACAGCAGUUGUAGCAGGGCUUUAUUCUUUAGAAAUGAGUAUAAUUAAAUAGCUUUUAACAGAUACAUCAGCCAGCACCUCUACAGUACAUUCCAGAGUCCAUCCACUUUUAUCAUUAUGUGCUUUUAUUAUUACAACUUUAAAAUAGUUCAUUACUUUGUAAUGAGACUACUUUACAAAGCAUGCAUGCUUGCAACAUUACUGUUUUAAUGUUUGAGGAGAUAGGAUUAAGGUUUCUUUAAACUUCUGAUGGGCAUUUAAGAUAACCACAAUGCAGAUACGUUUGGUAGCUUGGUUUUGUAUGUACUGUACUGGGGAGAUUAUUUUCUUUUUACUUUUAUCUGCUAUUUUAUAUACUGCAACACUUGUUUUAUUGUUAAGAUAGCAGACUGGUUUAUAAACAGGCAUUCCUUGUAACAUGAGGCAUUGAAAGACCUUCACCAUACAGUACUUCUGUUUGUGCUCACAUGUGAUUUCAGCCAAGAUCAACAUGUGAUUAUUGUACAGUAGGUGCUUUUUUUUGGGCUUGUUUUUAUUGUUCUUUUUUGCCAACAUUUUCCAUUAGUUAGUUUAUAAAGAUAUCACUGAAGUGAAUAUUAAGUGGGGAAUACUGGUAAAAAUGUGAUUAGAUCCGGACUGAGUUGAAGGAAUAAGUGUUAUUGACAUGUAACAAUGUAAUGUAAAAGUAUAUGCAACAAAUGUAACAGUCUCUGCCCUACUUCUUUCUUUCUUUCUUUGUCUCCAUCUCUAGUUGCAUUGAAUGUAGAUUAAUAUAUGUAUAGUGGACUAUGAGUGUGCAGUUAAAUAUUUGUUAAUUUGAUUAAAAAGUGCAAUUUAUAUUUCUCUUUUAUGUACUGAUGUAAUGUGCACCAUAUACAAAUGCAACUUGAUGUCAGCUACUCAGCAGUAUUAUAUGUAAUAUAUGAGAAUAUAUUUUAACUCACUUUAAUUCACUUUCAUGUUGGAACUGGUGAGAGCAGCAUACGGUUACAAACAAGACUGAAAACAGUAAUAACUAAGCUGUAUUUUGCAAAUAUUUGAUUUCAAACUGUCUAACUGUUAAAUUGCAUGCAUACCAGUCACAUUUCUUUUAAUUUCUCUAUAAGCCAUUUGUAGGCGUUUUCAUGAUCAUGAUUUCAUUCAAGUUUUUGUCAAUUUAUUGUUAUUUUUUCAACAACAAUAUCUUUUACAGGCGUUCUUGAAGGGAAUUUUGUCUUUUAUGUAUAUACAGAGGGCAUGGGAGCCAAAUGUGUCUUUAAUUUUUUUUUCUUUCAAGAUUUGCAAGACUUUCAACAGUGGUGGUGCUGAACUAAACAUUUCCUUGUUUUACUUUUUUCCUCUUUUUUCUUUCUGUAAUUAAAAUACAUUUAUUACAGAAAAUUCCAUUGCUUUAUUUUCCUAAACUUUGUAAGUUAUGACAAUCUAUGAUUUUAUAACACAUAUGUUUGUACAAUGUUGUGCUUGUUUCAUUGUUGUAACAUGUAGGCUACUUAUUUUUCCAACCGAUUUUAUUGAAAAAUAUUAAAACAAGACAAGAUUCAUGCCUCCUCCUCAAGACACUACAAAAAAAAAAAAAAAAAAAAAACAACAACAACAACAACAACAAGAAUAACAGCAGCAACUAUUGUGUCUUAGGGGUUAUAUGGACAAAGGUUUAAACAUUUAUUGUGCAUAAUUUAAACAUUUAUUUACAUAAUUUAAACAUUUAUUUACAUCAUUUGAUCAGGUUUUGUUGUGGUAAACAUUGUGAAUAUGGUAUAGCCCACAGUGGUCAAAUUAUCAUCUCAUUUUGGCCAAUAUUUUUGUUGUGAAAUUGUUUUCCAUUUUUUAUUUUAUUUUUUAUUCUGUCUCUGUUGAUUCUUUAAUUGCUUUGUUUUUGUUUUUACUUCAUGUGUUGUUGUUUUGUCUUUUAAACAAAAAUAUUGUUUGGGAUUUGCUACAUGAUUGUUCAUUGUUGUUUGUGUCCAUUAAAUGGCUCUGGACACUUAAUUAUGUGACAAUAAUGUUGGAGCUAAAUAAAUAUUGUUUUCUUCA